AUGAAGGCCGGCGCCAUCCUCGGCCUCACUACCUCCGCCCUCGCGGCCUCCAUCCCCCGUGCCGCUGAUGUAUGGGGCGGAAAGGACACUGCCAUCACCGAGGUUCCCUACCAAAUCGAGUAUGAUGUCAACGGCCAAUUCGACUGCGGUGGUUCCAUCAUCGCCAAGCGCUUCAUUUUGACCGCCGGCCACUGCGUCCGCGGCCAGACGGCCAGCCGUUUGUCCAUCCGCGCCGGCAGCAACCAGAUUGGCGGUGGCACCAGCUACAAGGUCAAGAAGAUCAACGCCCACCCCAAGUUCACCAUUCAGGGCAACUUCAUCGACUACGAUGUCGCCAUCCUCGAGCUGACCUCCGACAUUGCGCUCAGCAACUCGGCCAAGAUCAUCGAGGUCACAAACACCAGCCCCAACGCCGGUGACGAUGCUCUCCUCUCUGGCUGGGGUGAGACCAACGCCCAGCACAACUACCCUCGCACUCUCCAGAGCGUCCACUACCCCAUCAUCUCCAAGCAGGAGUGCCAGGACCUCAACAACAAGUACGGCGCCGAGACCACCGACCGCUUCAUCUGCGCCCUCUACCAGGGUGGUGGCAAGGGCUCCUGCUACGGUGACUCUGGAGGUCCCCUCGUCGUCGGCGGCAAGCUCGUCGGCUCCGUCUCCGGCGGCCAGGAGUGCGCUGGUGCUGAUGCCCCCGGCAGCUACGCCGAUCUCGCUCACCCCGAGAUCCGUCCCUGGAUCAAGCAGAUUGCUGGCGUCUAA